CCUUACACCAUCGUCUAUUUCCCCUCCCGAGGGCGCUGCGAGGUUAUGCGCAUGCUGCUAGCCGACCAGGGCCAGAGUUGGAAGGAGGAGGUGGUGACCUUGGAUGCCUGGGGGCAGGGUACACUCAAGGCUUCCUGUCUGUUUGGGCAGCUCCCCAAGUUCCAGGAUGGAGACCUUACCCUGUACCAAUCGAAUGCCAUCCUGCGGCACCUGGGCCGCUCCUUCGGGCUCUACGGCAGAGACCAGCAAGAAGCCGCUCUGGUGGACAUGGUGAACGAUGGCCUGGAAGACCUCAUCCGGCACCUUAGCCAGCAGUUCCUCCAUAACUGUGAGGAGGCCAAGGUCCAGUACCUCAAGGAACUUCCAGGACACCUGAAGCCGUUUGAAACUCUGCUGGCCCAGAACAAGGGUGGCCAGUCCUUCAUUGUGGGUGACCAGAUCUCCUUUGCUGAUUACCGCCUGCUAGACUUGCUCCUGAACCAUGAGCUCCUGUUCCCUGGUUACUUGAAUGACUACCCUUUGCUCUCUGCCUAUGUGGCCCGCCUCAGAGCCCGACCCAAGCUCAAAGCCUUCCUGGAGUCCCCUGAGCAUGUGAACCGGCCCGUUUCUGCUCGCCUAAAGAUAUGAGCCCACCUGCCUCCUGCAACCCCUACUCAUGGACCGAUAAAAACAGUGGCAGGGGCCGGGUGGUGGGGGCACAAGGCAGGCCUGUAAUCCCAGCACCCAGGAGGCAGAGACAGUCAGAUCUGUGAGUUCGAUGGUCUACAGAGUGAGUUAAAGGACAUUCAGGGCU